AUUUCUUUUUGAUUAGUGACAUAUUGUUUCUAAAAGGAGAGCAUUGAACCCUUUAUAUAGGAUUGUGAGGUUUAAGAUUUAGUUUCAAACUAUCUAUGGGGUGUGUGAGAAUUUCAGUGAGCUUUAAUACUCUAUAUUUCUUGACUGUAAAAAAAACUAACCAAUAGCAUUUUAACAGGGACUUAAUUAGCAUUAUGAAAAUGGGGUCAAUGAUACAUUUUUAUAUUUUAUAUUCUUAAAUGAUUAUGAUAUUUCUCCGAAUGUUCGACCUAUAUAUUAUUUCUUUAUGUAUCAUCUCGAUCGAAUGAUUAUCAAUAAGAUUAAAAAAGUUAAUAGACUUAAAAGUAACAUAAAAAUACAAAUAAUCAAAUAUGAGUAUUCCGGCCAGGGCCGGGUUAUAAGCUAGUUGUCAUAUAUGACAAUGAAAUGGGGAAAAAUUAUGGCAAAAUACACUUGUAUAGCCAAAACUUUCGCGAUUUUGCCAAUAAUAGCCAAAUUUGGAGAAAUACCACUUAUAGCCACUUCCGUCCAAUUCUUUAACGGUGUCAUCUAACAAGCUGACUGGACUAACAGAAAUGCUGACAUGGCUACGUUUCGUCAGUAACAUUGCCACUUGGAUUUAACUUAAAAAAAAUACAAAAUACAAAGAACAAGAAAAAGAAAUAAAAAAAUAAAAAAUAUAUUUUCACUUUCGCCUCUCUCUUCUUUCCUCUUUCGUUUCCCCCGCCGCCGCUCUGUUCGACCGAUCUUCUUCUUCAGCUUUCCGGUAACUCCUCCCCCUUCUCUCUCUCUCUCUCUCUCUCUCUCUCUCUCUAUCUAUCUCUAUCUCCAGACCCCGCUCUCUCUACUGCAACUGAGUCCACAGCUCCUUCCCCGCGCGCAGAAGAGCAAUCCGAUCCCUAGGGAUCCCUCUCUCCGUCCUUAACGACCACCACAAGCUCGAGCAGAUCCAUCAUAAUGUCAUUUGAAUCGGAGGAUCCGAAUCUGCAAUCCAUCCCAAUUCCAAAACACAGACGAGAACCCAGGUCGAGAAAUUACACUACAUGGAGUGGGUAGGAGAGGAAAUUAGGUUAAAAUUGAAAAUUCGAGUACUUUUGGGGGAAGAAAACAGAGCGACAAUUAAUACGAGAAACUAAGAAUGGAGGGAGGAAUGAAACCCCAAAGGUGGAAAUUGGAAAUUUGUUCUAUCUGAAAACUUAAUCGAAGCAACAGAAUGGGCUUGAGAGCUGGGAACAUGGGUGACGAGCAGCGAAAAAGGUGAAACAAGAAGAUGAAGAAAAACAGCCAUUAGAGUAUAACAGAGAGGAAGACGGGACGGUGGUGGUUGCCGGUGUUGGUUUGGUGAUUCCGUCAGCAACGUCAUGCUUUGCGCUUUCUAUUUGUCAUUUCGGAGAGGAAGACGAGACGGGUUUCAGCGUCGGACUCGGUGGCCAGGUGGGUUGACUGUUGCUACCGGAGCUGGGAAACACGACGGAGACCUAGGAUUCUACCCAGCGGUUCCACCCAAUAGAAGAGGAGAUGAAGGUGGGAAGACGGAGAGAAGGGUAACGAAGUCGAUUCUUCUUCUCCAUGAUUUUUUGGUGGAUGAAUCUGGGCUUGGGGGUUGGUGUGUUCUGGAGGGAGGAGAGUUCGUGGAGAUGGAGAAGAGUAGGUGCCGGAUGCGAGAGAAGUUUCCGGCGACGGUGACGCUGGGUUCUUAGAUUGGAACAAUGCUUUUUUUAUAAAGAUGGGAACGAAGAUUGAGAAGGUAAUGAUUUUUUUGUUAUAAAAUAUUUUUGUUUUUAAAAAUUAAUUAAAUAUUUAUAAGUAAAAGAUUAAUUAAAUAUUUAUAUAUGUAAUAUAUAAGUUUUUAUUUUUAAUAAUGUAAUAUAUGACGUGUCAAGAUGACGUGUCAAGACUUGCUUAGUUGGCGCUGACGUGUUCGAGUUCUUCUCGCCUAAUCAGCAAACCGUCUACUUAUUUGACGGUGUCAGUAACGCCGUCAAUGUUUCUAACGGAAAAGGCUAUAUUUGUCCAACAACAUUUUCAAAAGGUGGCUAUAAGUGGUAUUUCGCCAAAUGUGGCUAUUAUUGGCACAAACGUGAAAGUUUUGGCUAUGGAACUGUAUUUUGCCAAAAAUUAUCCAUUGUGGAGAAACGAAAAGCUCGUCGGGUCAACUAGAGAAUCACAGGUCCAUUAAAAGUUAAAACCAGUG